CCCCCCGGUGCCGGCGGACGUCCGGCGGCGGCCAUGGCGCUGGCGGAGGCGGGCGCCCGCGGGCGGCUGCUGCUCUGGCCCCGCGUCGUCCUCUUCGGAGACUCCAUCACUGAGUUCUCCUUCCAGGAAAACGGCUGGGGGGCAUUCCUUGCUGAGAGACUGGUCAGAAAAUGUGAUGUUGUGAACCGCGGGCUCUCGGGCUACAACACCAGGUGGGCUAAACUCAUCCUUCCACGACUGAUCAGUAAAAGUGCCGGUGCAGAGAGUACUGUUGCGGUUACUAUUUUCUUUGGAGCCAAUGACAGUGCUUUGAAAGCAGAUCUGAACCCUAAGCAACACGUUCCUUUGGAGGAAUAUGCUGCGAACUUAAAGAGCAUGAUACAGUAUCUGAAGUCAGUAGACAUUACCGAAGACAGGAUUAUUUUGAUAACGCCGCCACCUCUUCAGGAAUCAGCUUGGGAAAAGGAGUGUCUUGCCAAAGGUGACAAAUUAAAUCGCCGCAAUGCCACCACCGGGGAAUACGCCCAGGCCUGUGUCCAGGUAGCGAGGGACUGUGGAACGGAUGUACUCGACCUCUGGACACUGAUGCAAAAAAAUCAGGAUUUCUCUUCCUAUUUGUCAGAUGGGCUCCAUUUAUCAACAAAAGGCAACAGCUUUCUGGCAGCACAACUUUGGUCACGCCUGGACAAAAAACUGUCUGCUCUUCCUUGGCUGCUUCCUUACUGGCGUGACGUGGACCAUACGAACCCCGAGGCCAGUCUUCUGUGAGAUCCCUGCGGGAAGGAGCCAAGCGGCCGAGCCGGACCCAGCCAGUCCAGUUACAACCAGCUGGUGUCCAGCAGCACACUGCCAACACCGCCAACCUGGGGAACGGGGUAGGGAGGAGUCCUCUGUCCGUGCGUGUCCCUGUCCCCUUCCCUUGGUCUUUGGCAGAAUAAAGAUGAGGCCACUGGAGGUGUGUUGUGGGGUGGUUUAUCUGCACCCUGCUUGUGCCGGUAGUUUGAACAUCUGAGGGAGUGGGCACCUCUUUCCUUGGAAGAAAAUGAGAGUCUCGGCUGCCCUGAGGAGUUCCUUUGGGGACUACACUUUGAUUAAUACCAUCUACUAGCUUUAAACACCCAGGAGCUGGUAAGAGGCAGCAGUGUGGAGUUUGUCAAGGGCCAUUAAUGUCAGUCCCGAUUAAUUUAUUUGGCUGUAACAUAGCAGUAAAAGCUGUUGUCUGAGCUUUAGCGAGGCUUUUGAUAGUGAUUUAUUGUAGGGGUUUUAAAGUUUAACUUACUUUGGCAGCAGCCUCUUGCAUAUACACAGAUUUCAAAACAUUGCGUGGUUUUGGGCAGCAUUAAACUCGUUUGGAGCAGCUCGGAUCUUCAAGAAGCUACUAGAAAGGGUCUGCAGCUCUGCUGACAACAUGAGUCAUAGGUAAUAUGCCACCAAGCGAAGGAGACAUUUCAAGUGAGCUUUGGCCUUCAUCCAUAAUUUAACAACUGAUGUAACAGCCAAGUGCUGCAUACUGCAUAUAGUUUUUGGCCAAGAGAACACAAUCAAAGUACAAAACUACAUUUACAAACUUUAAAAAAUGGCCUGAAGACUAGAUGAAAUUCAACAAGCAAAGAACAGAAAAGAAAGAAAAAAAUACAGGUGGUUUGGGAAAUAAUUGGCUAGCCAGCCAGAGAGCAGAAGAAAUGAGACUACUGCUGGAGCAUGGAUUAAAGAGAAACAGGGUCUCACUCCAACUAAAAACCCCAUGGAAUUCUGGGCUGUAUUAAGCAUUACAUUGGCACAAAGCAGACGAGGCCACGAGUGAGGCCGGGGGUGACGUAUUUAUUAUGCAUUGGGUGAGGCAGAGACUGAGGAAAGAGCAUCACAAGGUCCUGCUUCGUUAGUGCCAUGGGGCUGCCUUUACCUCGCUAAAUAACUAAGGCAAGUUGGCCAAGACCUGUCAUGACUACGGAACAGCAUUAUAAAUUGGAGUUAAGUAGUUAUUUUUCAUGUGCCUGGAGCUAAGACCAGAAGCUGGUUUGAUUUAUAAAUGUUUAUGAACAUUAAACUGGACUGUUCUUUCUGUAAUAAAUGCUUACAGUAGAAACUGGCUGAACAGCGGAAGGGGCUCCCUGUGGAAGGUGUGGAUCUUCCUGUGUUAGAUGUUACGAAGAAACUGUGCAUUUCUGGAAUGCUGCUUGGAUUUGGGAGUGGAUUCUGUGAUUUCCUGCUCCAAACCUCUAUUUUCAUGCUCCCAAGCACACGCCACUGCCUGGUUUUCAUCAGGGAAGUAAAGACCUUAGUGCUGAGAAGAGGUACUUGCACAUUUGCCACCUGGACAAGCAUUUGAAUACACGCCUGUACCUUAGAUACGAAUGUCACCAUCAGAACUGACCCCAGUCCCCAGGGCACAGACCAACACCGUUCCCAGUAGGAAGCAGCGCAGCCCCGUGGAGGCUCAGCUGAGUUUCAGAGGGGAGCAGUGAGAAAGAACAGCUCGAGUCUGGCAGGUUGACAACUGAAGAAUUCACAUCUUUUCUAAAAGGACUGCACAGAAACAGCUCUUGUGUAACUGAUGUGUUUUUUUGUUUUUAUAUAUAAAAACUUUUUAUUGUAUUGGGAAUUAAAUUAACUCCUCACA